GAGUGUAUUGAUAAUUUCUUCUGAGGUGCUGAAGUGAAUAUGAUCGCGGAUGUCAGCUGUUGUGUCGAUGUUGCUAGUAUGUGCUGUGUCUAUAAAUAUUACAAAUUCGAGCGCACGUAGUACUGUACCGGCGUAUUCGAGUUUCCAAAGAUAAACCGGCAUGCAUCAUCUUUAUCCGACGGCCAAAGGCGACCCACUGUGCCCUUUAGGCUUCCAUCCACAGGUGCGCUGGCCUACGAGGUGCAAGAGAUGCUUCAGAGAUUACAAAGAACAUGGUGGUCCUGGAGGACGAAAAAGGGACGAUGACAUUCCUCUUAGACGUGAUGACGUUACCGCUUCUUCUCCGAGCCUUUCUCUCAAUUCGGCGUCGAACAAAAGCAAUGAUAACGGGUUCAGUGAUUCUUCUGACUCCGGUCGGGGUAGAAGUUGGGCUUCCGUGCAGAAUUUGCCCGAAGCCGCUUCGAACCUGCACGCUGAUUAUGCGCUUACUCUUCCGGCGCCGCGCCCGUCAUCCUGGACGUCCAGCCCGGACCUGCAGCGGCUCCAGGGCGAACGGAACACGGAGGUGACCGUCAACGUGCGACUGCCUCCGCCCGCCCCAAGGAAAACGGUGGAGAACACGGAUAGUGAUUCCGCGCCCUCGUUCACCCUUCAUAGGCCGAAUUCGGAAAGCAGGUCAAAGACGUCUGACAGUGCCACAAUAACGAUUAACAAGAAUGAUAGUUUAGCUGAAAGGGUAAAGAAAAUGCAAGCAAUUAAAAGACAAGGUAGUUUAGAACGAGAAAGUAGCAAAGAAAAAGAUAAACCUCCGCCUGCUAAGGAAAAAGAAAAACCACCAAGUACAAUUAAAGAUAAGGAGCAAAAUAAAAAGGAUUCGGAAACCACAAACAACGUAGUGAAAAGGAUUCGCGUUAAGGAGGUUAAAGCCGCGGUUGAGGAGCCGACGAAUGAUGUACAAUAUGUGAUACAGGUCAAACCGACCAGCGAUAGCAAAAAGAACUCGGAAACAAAUAGUUCUUCGUCUGUUGAGAGUGAAUUAAGACAGGAAUUGAAAGUUGCCCAGGAGCAGAUCGAGCAUUUGAGAAAGCGCUGCGACCGUGCCGAACGCUUCAAAAGUGACGCGUUGCUCCGAAGAGUCGCGGCCCUCGACACAACACCUAGCCGGACGUCCGCUUCUGAGCUUUUGUCCCUGCAACAAAAAGCCAACGAGUUGUGCGAGAAAAAUGAAGAUUUGAUUAAAACGCAGAAGAAACAAGAGCAACGUAUCAAAGAUUUGGAAAGAGAAAUCGAGUCGAGGCCGACGGCUCGAACGGAGCAGGAGCUGCAGGACAAAUUGACGGCGGCCGAAAAUCUUUGCGAAGAGCUAAUGGAUGAAAAUGAGGAGAUGAAACGCGAAUUAAGAAGUCUGGAGGAUGAGAUUGAAGAACUGCAAGAUAACUUCAGAGAAGAGCAAGCAGAUGAAUACACAUCUCUUAAAAAGGAGCUUGAGCAGACCACAAAAAAUUGCCGCAUACUUUCCUUCAAACUUAGAAAAGCAGAACGUAGAACAGAGCAGCUGGAGGCCGAAAGACAAGGAAACACGACGGAUGGUGUGGAUCUUGCUCAAAGAGUUCGACAACUGGAACAAGAAUUAAAUGUUGCAAACGAAGUUGCAAGGCGGUUGCAAGAAGAAGCAGAUGUGGGUAAAACUAAAAAGAAACCACCUAUGCUUGGCAAUAUUGGAAAGUCAGCAUCAGCUGAAGGUAAAGUGUCCAGAGAAUCGUUGACACGUGGUGGUUCACAAGAAGAUCCAGUUCAAUUACUUCGAGACUUACAGGAUUCUUUAGAACGCGAAGCUGACUUACGAGAACAGCUUAGAUUUGCCGAAGAAGAGGCACAGAGUUUGCGUAAGAAGGCAUCACGGGUAGAAGACGACAACGAAUCAUUGGUCAUGCAGUUGAAGAAAAUGGCUACAAAGGCCAGGAGUAGAAAGUUAAGUCCAACUCCACCGUCUCGAUUGACACCCGAGCCACCUCUUGAAAAAGAUGAAGGGAUUUCUGAGGAAGAAGAUCCUGCGGAAUUGCGCUUACAGUUAGAACUAAAUGAACAGGAAGCUUCUGUUUUAAGAAGAAAAGUUGAAGAAUUAAUGACUGAAAGUGAAACUGCUAAAAGACAAGUUAAGGAGUUAACAGAAAGGUUGGCAUUGAAAAGUGCACCCAAAAAAAUAUUACCGAGCACCGGAAAGGCUACGACGCUAUCGGAACAAAAAAUUAAGGUUCUAGAAGAUGAAGCAAAAGAACUUAGGAAAAAAUUAAUUGAAAAAGAGCGGGACUAUGAGCGACUCCAUGCAGAGUUAACUCUAGCACAGCGAAAACCUAAAGGACCAUUGUCAAAAGCAAAGUCGGUUGAUAGUGGAUCAGAGCAGCAAGCGUUGGAUCUACGAAGACAACUUCAAGUAGUGGAGCAGGAAGCCACAGUACUCCGACAACGCACUCAGGCUUUGGAAGCUGAAAACGAGCGAAUUGGAGCAGAAAAUAAGAAAUUAGAAAUGCAAGCAUUAAGAAAUGCCCGACGUGAAUCAAAUUCGUCGAAUUCAUCUCUUGCUUCCGAUAAGAAUGAUGAUAAGUUAAAAGCUGAGCGGGAGCUAGUGAAGCAAAAAGAAGAAGAACUACUAAAAUUGAAGCAAACGUUGUCUAAAGUAGAAACAGAGAGAGAUUCUCUUGAAGCCAAGCUGACUGAGUUGAAAGAUGAAGCUGUCAAAGCAUUUCCCAAAAGAACUCCUAAAAGGCCAACGGACACAACUACAAAACUACAAAUGCGCAAAAUGGUCGAUGAACUCGAGUCAGAAAUUGCCGAGUUGAUGGUGAAGCUGAAAAACAGUGGAGCUAGUAAAGUUACUUCUUUAGAAUCUGAUAAAAGUAAAUUAGCUGCGGAAGUGAAAAAUCUUAAGGAAGAACUGAAAAAAGCUCAAACAUCCCUAGAACAAACAGAACGUAAACGUGAUGAAGCAUCAACGCAAUCUACUAAACAAAACUCAAAAAUACAAGAUUUAGAAAAGAAAAUUAAGUCCGUGGAAGAGACAUUGCAUCUUAAAGAAAAAUUGCUCACUACGAAUGCAGAAUCUUUGGCAAAAUUGGAACGAAAACUAGCGGAACAAACGGAACAAAAUAAAAAGUUGCAGGCAUCCGAAAAAGACAUAACCAGUCAGAAAUCAUUGUUGGAGUCUAAAAUUAAAACUUUGGAAAUGAACCUCAAACAAGAAAAAGAGAAAGCUACUAAAGCGACAACUACACCGUCGUCGGAGCUUAUUCAAACGCGUAAAGAUAAAGAAAAAUUAGAAAGUAAAGUCAGUUCCUUAGAAAGUGAAUUACAGGCCGCGAAGAAGCAAAUGGACCAGUUAAAAAUAAGUCACGAAAAGGAAGUAGCGGCAGCAGCCGCUAAAGCAAGCACUGCUGGAACGUCCAGAAAAGUUCAAGAACUUGAAGAGAAAGCUAACAAACUACAAGCAGAACUCAAUGAGAAAAUGAAAGAAUAUGAAAAUUUAACUGCUAAAUAUGAAGUCUUGGAAGAAGAACAUGUAGUAACUAAAGCUGAGUUGACCAUGGAGAAAGAAGCAUUAAAAAGUCAAAAGAACAGCAAUUCCUCGUCAUUUGCAGAAUUGUCAUCGUUACGUGAUAAGCAAGCAUCGUGGAAUAGGGAAAAACAAUCCCUGGAAAAAAAUAUUGCAGAAUUGACAGCACGAGUUAAGGAUCAAACUGAAAAAUUAGCUAAAGGAACCUCUAUAGAACUUGAGAGGGCGCGUUUAAAGGCAUCGUUACAAGAUAAGACAGAAGAAUUAGUGCAGGCUCGCAAAGAAUGCGAUAUGCAACGGGACCAACUGGAAUAUAUGAGAAAAGAGAAUGAUGAUCUUAAGACAAAAAUGGAAGAUUAUGAAAAAGUAAACAAAAUUCAGAGGAACAUGAACGCCGAUUCAUCAGCCAUGGAACUGGAAUUGAAAUCUCUAAGAUUAAAAUUGGAUCAAGCAGAGCGUGCUCGGAAAACCGAUGUAGCAGCUUGCAAGCUUCGAUAUGAUGGUCAAAUCACAACACUAAAUGAAGAAAUGCAAUCUGUUCAGCAGCAAGUUGCUCGUUUUAGAAGAGAACGCGAUACUUACAAACAAAUGUUGGACACUGCCCAAGGAACUAUUGCUGAACUAAAAAGUGGAGGACAAAGCGGCAGACAAAGUCGAAACUCUGCUACCAGUGAUGAUGAAGAUGGUAAAUUGCGUGUGGCAAUGCUAGAACAGCAAGUAAAUAGCUUAGAGGAUGAACUUUGCGAAGCCCGACUGGAAGCCUCUCGAGUAAAUACUGAACUUGUGUCUGAACGCAGCACUUGGGAGAUUAAGCUUGCUGAAAUGCAAUCUAAAGUCAAUGAAUUGGAAGAAGAACGUCUGCUGGCAAGUGGCCGUACCAGACUCACGGGAACUCGAACCCGUAUGGAAUUAGCUUGGCAUAAGGAACGUGAGGAGCAACAGCGAUUAUUACAAGAAACUUCAAAAUUAGCUAGAGAUUUGAGACAAACACUUUUUGAAGUUGAACGAGAAAGAGAUAAAGAACGUUUGGAAGCUAAGAGACGUCAGGAACAAUUGCAGCGUGGUACUGAAGAAGAGCAGGAAGAAAAUAAGAGAAAGGUGACUGAAUUACAAUGUGAUCUAUUGGAAUUGCGGGACGCUCAUGCGAAAUUGCGGACGGCAAACGAGAAAUUACGACGCGAAAAAGAGCGACACGAAAGGGAACGCGAGGAAUUGCGCGCAGCAGCUGGUUCAAGACGAAGACAGGAGCAAGAUGGAGAAAGGAGAGUUGGUGCUCUUCUGGAGCAGGUCGACCAACUAGUCCGCAUUGCUCCUAGUAAAUUAAAACAACCGGCGCAGGUGAACAAUGCACCUGCAUCAAAAGUAUACCAGUCUCGAGACGAAUCGCCACCACGUAACGAUACCGAUCAAUUAACCAGUAUCCUCGCACGUUUGGCAGAAGCAUCAGAGCAACUUCGUCGAUUCCAAAAAAUGAGCGAAGAAGAGCGCGAGAGAGAUAGGGCUAGGCGGACUUUAGGAAAUAGAAGAGCUGCGUCGACGGAACAUGAUAGUGAUGCACCAAGUAGUCGGACAGCAGGAUCUGGCCGUUCCUCAAGAGGUCACAAUGGUGGCUUGCAUAGAAAAUCGUUAUCCUUAUCCCUAGAUCAAGGAGGCGGAGCUGCUCCGAUCUGGAGAGGAGAUGGCGAUAGUAUGUCCAGCUUACAAAGUUUGGACAAUGAUAGAUAUGGACGCGAUAAUAGUUUAGAUAGCAGGUUAUCUGGAGGUUCAACACAAAGUGAAGUUCUUUCCACAACUAAAAAGAAGAAGAAAGGUCUGAUGGGUAAAUUGAAGCAAUUGACAAAAUCUAGAAGUAUUGAUGACCACGGUGGAUCAGAUUAUAGUAUGUCAUCAGCAAUGAAUUCUCAGCAUCAGGGCUCGGAUUCUGAUAUGAGCGUCGGUGGUGACCAUCGGUCGAGCAAGCGCGACCUGAAGAAUCGUCUUACAGGAAUGUUCCACAAAAAAGAGAAGUCUUCAUCCCGCAGCGCGAGCAAGGAGCGCGCUCGGAGCACGAGUAAAGAGCGGCCGGCGAAGGCACCGACGCCCCAACCGGACCGCCACGACUCCACCCAGAGGCCCCUCACCCGCAACUCUAGCAACGGUGCACUUAAUAAUACGCCUGGGACGAAUCCACAAAUUUCCACUACGAAUUCUUCUCGAACGCCGGUGACUUCCGUGUCGCAAAGAAGAGGCCGUUAAAUGUACAGUUUCUUCGGAAUACAAAUAAUGUCAUUUGUGCGCACAUUUCGUUUCCAAGAAAAAUAAAUUAAGGAAAAGAAAUCGACUUGGCAAUAAUUGCAUCUCGCAAAACCAUUCAGUUUCUUCCAACAGAUUAUUAAACUGUUGAGAAAAAUUAUUAAUAAAUUGUAGCCAUUGACGAUUAUUCUUUUUAGAUCGCCGACGAUUCAUAGAAUUUUAUACAUUUACAUUAUAAUGGAUACUAUUUGGAGAAUAAUGCGAUUUAAUUAAGUUAUUACAGAGAAGCUAGUCGUAAAUAAACGCCAUGUAAUUAAUUUUUAUUAUCCUGUUAAUGUAAGAAAACCGCUGGCAACAUUGUUGUUGACGCGGACAAUUGUGUUACAGGAAAUAAUAUCUAAUUGUAAGUGUUCAGUCAA